AUGCCUUGUACAAUGCCGUCUGAUUUAGGACUUAUUCAAACACAACAUGAUUCGUUUCAACGACAUGAAGAAUUAAUAAAACUUAUUCAGGAUGCAGAUGUUUUUUAUGUACCUGUCCGAGGAGAAUUUGGUGAAGGACCAAUUAACAAUAUAAACGAAAUAAAACGACGAUUUGAUGAAGAUCUUAUCAAUAAAAAAAUGACUGUUGUUUCCAUAUUUGGUAAAAAUAUUGUUGAUGGAAUUUGUAUUCAAUUUAUCGGCUAUUUUGAUAGUCAAAUAACAGAAAAUGUGAAUCAAACUGGUUACGAAAAAGAUCUAAAUAUGAUGAAUGUACAACGAAUAUGCGGGAUUGGUCGUGUGGAAUUAGAUGAACAAAUGUAUCUGAAACUAUCUUCUACACAGACUUUACCAACAUCAACCGAUGCAAUCGAUUCAGAGGAUAUGCACAGUGAAGAAAUAUCGGCUAAAUUGAUUGAUGUAACUACUGAUUCAAAAGAUUAUAAAAACAAAUCAUCUCAUGUUAAAAAUAACUUAUUGGGCGAUGAUUUUCCAAGUCGAUCAAUGGCAUCAACGAGAAAGAAAACACGUUCACGUACAAUAAGUGAAAGUGUUUUAACGUCGGGUACAUCACCAACAACCACUAGUUUUGAUCAUUCACGUUUACAUUCGUCAAAUACGGGAGGACAUCCUCCAUAUCCUUCACCGUCGACAACGACUAUUCGUUCUUCACGUGUUAUUCGAAAUUUAAAAACUCAAACGCAUCGUACACCAUCGCCAGUUCCCUUUGGAUAUUCUCCAUCAUCUUCGUCGGCUAUGCAUUUUAAUGUAUUAAAUUCUCCACAACAGUCAGUAUUAAUGCCACCAGUAUCUCAGACUCAAACGACCAUUUCAUCGUCGUCGCCUUCUAACACUUUCAACGAUUAUAAUAUAGCAUCAACAUCCUCCUCAUCAAACCGAUAUAUCGGUGAUUCAGCUUCUAUUUCUUCAAUGAGUCCAUCUUUGUCAACCACAUCAGUGUCGCCCAUCGAGUCUCAACGUCGUGUUCAUUCACCUCCUUCUUCCGCUCAUUUGCAUAAUCAUUCGAUAAUAAAUCAUACAACAGCACCAAUUCAGAUUACUACUACAUCAUCUCCCAUGACACUAACAAAUCACAUGGGCUCAUAUACCACGUCAUAUAUAGUAUCACCGAUCCAAUCUCCAGUCGGUUCUCACUCGCUACCAGCAUUUUAUAACUUUGGUGUACUUCCUCACGCGAAUACCAAUAUUGCUUAUAUAACACCAGCAAGAUUUGAUUUCGCACUAGGUGCAGCAACCGCCGCAAAUCCUGGCGGAAUGCUAUUUAUUGCAGCUCCCAACGUUCAACUCGCUAACUUAACACCUACAACAGCGUUUUCGGAACAGCAAUUUCAAACACAUGUAAUUAUACAACAGCAACAACAGCAACAAGCAAAAAUUCAGUUUGCUUCAUUACAAAGUUCAUAUGCAUCAUCUUUCAUGCCGGCGAACGUUUAUUCUUACAAUAGUGUACAAGUCGCUGAACAAACAUCUCCAACUAUCCUGCAAACACGUAAUAUCUUAAGUCGCAUGGACGAGAGUCAGGGUUCGAUAUCAACGACAACAUUACAGUUAAAUAAAGAAGAACUGAAAUUAGAAGAGACAACGAUGGAUACUACAAGUUUUGGAAAAAUUCGAAAUAAAUCGUUUGUAUCAUCUUCUGUAGUUGACAAACAGUAUCAUUCUCUUUCGAAACCCAUCAGUGUUGAUGAACAACCAUCUGUCGUUACAACGUUACCAUUUAAAAAACGUCGAGUUUUGAAUUGUGUCGAUGAACAAGAAGACGAUGAAUAUGAAGAUACUGAAGGUGAUGAAACGGAGGGGAAAAGUAAUCAAAAUAAAAAAUAUUUACCGUUAUUUGCUUAG